AUGCUUCCCAGACUGGCCAAGUCUGCCGUCCUUCAGCAGGGUAUGUUUUGAAAAAAGAUAUUGAUUUUUUAAACAAAAACUUCUGUGUUUAUAACAUGAGCUUUGAAGUUGACAUAUUUCUCAAGAAUUUCUGCUUCAGAACAUCUUUUACAUACAAAAAUAGAUCAAUUCUAACAAACAAACACCUUUUUCAUUAUCUUAUCAAGAGAACCAAUUGAUUGGCAGGAAAAAGUGAUGAGAGAAAAGAUCAGGAAAUUAAGCUAAUAUUGUACAAAAACAAAACUAGUACUUUUCAGUGCGCGGACUCUCUGCCAUCGCCAAUCACGAACCUUUGGGACCAAUCAUUCAGACGAGCAUUCCGGGGCCGAAGUCGAAACAGUUGAAACAGGAAAUGGACAAAGUUCACGUGAGUUUGCAGCAUUUUCAGAAUUAAAAAAGAAUUAAAAAUAGCCCUAGCAGCGACUAAACUAGUCGAAGCAGCCCCCGAGCUUGGCGUUGCAUUUGAUAGUUUAGUCGCUGCUUCUGAUAAUUUAGUCGCUGCCUUUGAUAAUUUAGUAGCUGCUUUCGAUAAUUUAGUCGCUGCUUUCGAAGAUUUAGUCGCUACUAGCGCUAUUUUUAAUGAAAGUGCUUUUUUGCUUUGGUUCUCGGCGUUUUUUCCAACCAAAUAGCGUAUCUUAUUGAAAAGCAGUGACCAUUCUUCACCUCGUAUUACCUAUCACAUUUCUAAUUCCCCCUUUCUCUCAAUUUCCCCCUUUCACUGAUAAAAGUGUCUCCUCCGCUCAAAAUGUUAUUACACUCUAGGAAUGAAACGAUGGGGUCAUUCGUUGUUUGUCUCAAUCGUUGAUAGUUUGAUCUUCAUUCCAGCAAACAACGUCCGUCCGUUUUCACGUGGAUUACGAGAAAUCGUUCGGAAACUACGUGGUCGACGCCGAUGGAAACACUCUUUUGGAUGUGUACACCCAGAUCUCUUCGCUUCCAUUGGGGUACAAUCAUCCGGAUUUGGUCAAGGUCGCUUCUCAGCCACAGCUCAUUGUGAGUUGACUUUGAAAAGUCUGUCCGGCUUUAUCUCGAUCCUAUUGCAGACUUCCCUGGUGUCGCGCCCGGCCCUCGGAUCUUUCCCGCGCACGGACUUUGGCGAAGGAAUCAGCCAUGCGCUCACUUCGAUCGCUCCGAAGGGACUGAAGGCCGUGCAGACGAUGCUCUGCGGAACUUCGGCCAAUGAGAAUGCGAUCAAGACGGCGUUCAUUUGGUAUCAGGCUCAGAGAAGAGGGGGUCUCGGCCCAGAUGCCCUUCAUUUGGAGAGUUGCAUGUCUCAGCAGAAGCCAGGAACUCCUACUCUUUCCGUUUUGGGAUUCGACGGAGCAUUCCACGGAAGAUCCCUUUGCAUGCUCUCUGUCACCCGCAGCAAGCCAAUUCACAAGGUACGACAUGGCUCCCAUUGUGUUUUUUUCUUAUCUAGGACAACUGCAGAAGGAAUUAGAAGGAAAAUGAAUGAAAACAUUUUCUCGAGAAAUCAAAAAUUUUCGCAUACGAUGGCAAAAACUUCAAACUCCUUGAAAAACCUUUUUUGCUCAAUUUGCUCUAGAAUGCUUCUACUGUGUCCGUAGAUGUCAAAACUCCUAACCCCUCCUAACCUUCGAGAAAAUUCGACUCAAAGGCUUGUUGUGACUACUUUGAGUUAAAAUUUCUCGAAAAGCAAAAGGUUUCAGAAGGUCCCAUCGUGUUUUCUGACAUCUACAGACACAUUAGAAGCGUUCUAGAGCAAUUGAGUGAAAAACAUUUUUCGGGGAAUGUGUUAGAUGGCAAAAAGAUCAAACUCCUUGAAAAACCUUUUUUGCGCAAUUUGCUUCGAAAUGAUUCCACUGUUGUCCUAGAUGAUAGAAAACACAAGAGACUCACUGAAACCUGCCGAUCUUCGAGAAAAUUCAUUUUAAUGUCGGAAAAAUGUGUACUUUUUUCAAUAAAAAAUAUCCUUUGUAGGUCGACAUCCCCGCAUUUGACUGGCCGAUCGCCAAGUUCCCUCGCUACAAGUACCCUCUGGAUCAGAACUCCGCCUACAAUCAGAAGCAGGACCAGGAGUCGCUUGCCGACGUCGAAGCCAAGAUUCAGGAGUGGAAGAGAAGAGACAAUGACGUGGCGGCCAUUAUUGUGGAGCCGAUUCAAGCUGAAGGAGGAGACCAUUACGGUAGUCCGAAGUUCUUCCAAGGCCUCCGCGACAUCACUCAAAGGCACGGAAUUGUGUUCAUCGUCGACGAAGUCCAGACCGGAGGAGGAGGCACUGGAGACAUCUGGGCCCACGAUCACUGGAAUCUGAGCUCUCCGCCUGAUAUCGUGACUUUCUCGAAGAAGCUGUUGACGGGAGGAUACUUCUACGGAGAGCAUCUGCGCGUGAAAGAGGCCUACAGAAUCUACAACACGUGGAUGGGAGACCCGACGAAGCUUCUUCUGCUCGAGAAGGCCGUCGAGGUCAUCAAGAGAGACGGGCUCAUCGAGCAGAGCAAAGAAGUCGGAAAGGAGUUCCAGAAGAGACUCGCAGAGCUCCAGAAGAGCUCCGGAGGCAAAUUGGACCAGGCGAGAGGAAGAGGAACGUUCGCCGCCGUCGAUUUCCCGUCGGGAGCACUCAGGGACAAGUUUGUUGAUUUGGUAAGUUUUCUGAAAAAGAAAGGGGAAGCUAUAUGAUUCUUCGUUUCCAGGCGAUCAGCAACGGUCUUCACUGCGGCGGAUGCGGAGACCGUUCUCUCCGCUUCCGUCCUUCUCUCGUGUACACCAAGAAACACUUGGACCUCACUUUCGACCUUCUCGACAAAACUUUGAAGCAAAUAUAA